CUUGUGCUUAAGUAGAACGACAACAGCGGCACGUGUGUGUCAUGGCGAACGCUGUUGUCAGAAACGCCGCAAAUUGAGCGUCUCGCGUCGCUUGGUCGUAAAAUCAACGUAGACUGACUUGAAAGCGCCACUAUGAAGGAAGAUUCCGUGUUGAGUUUCAAAUGGCAGAGCUUUCCAUCACACAUGGUAGUCUCGCUAGAUACCUGUUACGAAAAACAGCAGUUCGUCGAUCUCUCACUGGUGUGUAAGGACAAUACAAUCCUGAAAUGUCACAAGAUGGUACUGGCCAAUGCAAGCUCGUUUUUCCGCCGAUUAAUCAUGGCCAACGAUCAUCCUCACCCGAUGAUCGUCCUGCAUGACGUCGAGGCCGACGAUCUCAAAACUCUCGUGAACUUCAUGUACUGCGGCGAGAUACAGGUAGUUCAGAGCGAGGUUAGAAGGUUGCUCAAGCUCGCCGAGACUCUGGAAGUUACCGGAUUGCGGCAUAUCCCAUUGUCAGUACUGUCCGGAGAAGGAGCCAACAACACCGCGAAGGAACACUGCGAUGUGUCGAAAAAAACCGCCACAGUAUCACGAUUAAAGAUAGAAGAAGCUAGAAGCUCGUCCAGCAAAAGUACCAAUUCUGAACACGAAAUAAACACAAAAACGCAGAGCAAAGUAGCCGUGCAGCCAAAGCUUAUUCCGAAGAUAAAUCCUCAGAAGACACCGAUUAAAGUUCCUCAUGAUACGACGAAGAAAAAGGAGGAGAUCAGUAUAAACGAGCUAUGUCAACGACUGGAGAAUAGCAAUUCCGGUAUCAGUAUUGUAGACAUUAACGAUAUGCCGAGUACAAGCAAGGGAUUGCCGAAUAUAUCAAAUAUAUUACAAAAGAGAAAAGAAUCCUCGGAUCCUGUGAUCAGUUGGCCACGUGUAUUAUCCACGAUAUCAAAUGAUAAACCUCUACCGUUCAAGAAAUUACGUUGCAUCAUGGACGAAAUAGAGAUUACACCAUCGGGAAGAUCUAUAACUGUACUAGACACUAAACAAAAUGAGCCGUUAGACAGAAGGAAAGCUAAGAAGAAUUCCAGUGAAGAUCACAGUAUGAACACAAUUUAUAUAAAGGACGAAAUCGACAUAUCUUCAGACUUGGAAGAAGACGUCGACAUGGAUCCUCUUGAGGUUGACGACAAUGACAACGAAAAUUCAGAAAACAGUAAAACGUCUACGCAACAGUUCUUUCCAGAGAUAUUAUUCCAUUCAUUAAACAAAAAUGCUUGUUCUCGUACAGAAUUCUCUACUAGAAAAGAUUCAAACAGUUAAUACAAAAUUUCGUAAAUUGGA